GGGUUUGGCGGCGCGUAAUUGGGUAAGAGAUGGGAUAAGAUAGUGUAAUUGAAAUUGUGAACGCCUCAGGCAUAGAACCUGAAAUUUCAUAAAUGAUCAAUUCAGUUUUCCAGUAUGUGGGCUGACGGGGAUUUAUUAGCUUCCUUGGUAUGAUCCCUGCUGGCGUGGUAUUGUUUUUGACAUUAGAGCCUUGUUUUGCUGAGAUGUUCUAUGUUGAACUAUUGUUACUGAGUUCUAUUGGGGGUAGUGGUUACAGUUCCACUUGGUCGUCUUAUAUAAUAGAGUCCAGGUUGUUUGUGGUUGUAACUCAUUUGAAGUGAUCGUAUGGUAGACAAGUAUUGUUGUCACCAAUGCGUGUAUAUAAGUUCUGGUUGUUAGUCUGCAGAAUCAUUUUUUAGUUAAACCUCCAACAUUAGAAGAAGCUAACUGCUGGUUUUCGGCAGAUUUCGUUUGUUGAUUAAGUCCGAUUAUGACCAUAAUUACCAAAUUUGGUAAACUGCCCCUAAACCUUUUUUCUUUUCAAUGGACUAUGGAAGGAUUAGUGUCUGGUCUAAUGGGCGUCCAGAAAUUGAGGCCCUGUGCUACCCUUAUCAGGUUUAUGGUGCUUAUUCACGGGAUAUUUGGGUGGUGCAUUUUUGUUGGAACCUCUACCUAUAGAACAAUGAGGAUGUCAGAACCACCCUUCCGACCACGCGAGAAGCUCUAUGAGAAGCAAAAGAUGUUCCAAAGCAUCCACAAGCACACAUACCUGAAGGGACCGUAUGAUAAGAUUACCUCUGUUGCCAUUCCAGCUGCUUUAGCUGCUACUUCAUUGUUCCUUAUUGCACGAGGGAUCUACAACUUGUCACAUGGGAUUGGAAAGAAGGAAGAUGCAGCAUAGGAAUCCCAGUCUCUGGUAGUGUUGAAUGUUUUUGGUUUGUGUCCUCAAAUAAUUGCUUAGUAGCAGGUUCUCUACUUCUUUUGAAAUUUCUGUUGAUGGGGUUUCCUGAUUGAUAAAGUACCGCACUCGUUUCGUGUUUGAAAUUUCUGUUAAUGGGGUUUUCUGUUUGAUAAACUUCCUUCAUGGCUAA